CUGAAUAUUACCUGGGAAAAAGAUAACAAACAUUGAGCAACCUCCGUAACUCGUACACUUAGCUUUGUCGGUCGACUGAAUAGCCGACAUUUUAUAUAUUUUUAUUCUCCCAAAGGGGCAAGGAAGAGGAUUAUGUUGGUUUGUAAAGAUGACUUACUCCCAGAAGCUCUACCAUAGAGUCCGAGAGUACCUGAUCACAUCCACAGAUGAUCGUCUCCAUGGCGACAACUCGUCCAGUGGGGCAGCCCCUACGUUCUGGAUGUUCACGCUGCCCCAGGCUCCAUCUAACAGCUAUGAUGAGGUUUAUCCGGGUAUAUUCAUGGGGGACAUGCAAUUAGUGCGUGACAAGGCCCACCUUAAAGAGCUGGGUAUCACUCACAUGGUCAACUGUUCACAGGGUAAAGGACCACGGGAGACGGACACAGAUGCCCGCUUCUACCGUGAUGCUGGCAUCAAGUUUCACGGCAUGAAGGCUGUUGACUCACCCACGUUCAACAUGAUGCCUUUCUUUAAAGCUGCUGUAGACUUCAUUGACAAGGCCUUAAAGUCUGAUGGCAAAGUGUUUGUUCACUGUUUCAAAGGGGUAAGUAGAUCGGCGACCAUUGUUAUUGCAUAUUUGAUGCUGAAAUGUAACAUGAAUAUCCUGGAAGCUGUGCGCGCUGUACGGCCAAAACGGAAAAUACACCCCAACGACGGCUUCAUUCGUCAGCUGUGCUUUCUGAACAGAGAUUUGUAUGGCGGGGACGAUUGAACAGUUGUGGCCACUAUACAAACUAUUGUCAAAUGCUUGGAACAGAUUGUUUUACUUGUGCAAUGACCAAAUUAAUUUAAUAACUUAGCAUUUAUCUCAGGUUUAUGACUUGGCGUCCAUGACAUUAUGUAAUUCAGAGUUAUUUUAUAUAUAUAUUGAUCUCUGCUCUUAAUUUACUAGUCCAAGAGUAGAUAUGAGUACAGUUGAAAAUGUCCCUAUAUUUUGUGAUGAUGUAUUGUUGAAAGCAGACAGGGGGCUGCUUUAUUAAGUAUUGUAAUGCGAUUUCUUUAGGACAAAUUUUCAACAGUGCAAGCUUAGAAACAUUUAUUAUUGAAAAUCUCUCCAAGUAAGGAAAUCCCUCCUAAGAUUGUAAGAUUCUUAAUAAAAUUGUCCCCAGGCCAGUAUUCAUAAAAUGUUACGUGUCUUUUCCUAACAAGUCAAUUUUUAUUUUUUAUUUUAUUGUCAAAUAAAAGGUGUUUAAAUUUUUUAACACAAGAGUGUACAUUAGUAACUGAAUUUAAAAUAUUUCAAACCCUAUGAACUAAUCAUAUCAAAUGACCAGUGAGUUACAGACAUUGGAAACAUGACUGGAGUUAGGAAAUGACUUAAAGUAUUAUUAUGAAUACCAGAGUCAAAAACUUAUAUUAAGUUUGGUCUUGUUAAGCACUCGUUAAGGCAAUAAUGAAUGAUCUAAUUGGUUGUUUAAUGAUGGAAUAUUGAAAUUCAAAUAUGAUGGUUUACGUGUAAGCAUAAGAAUAAUACUACAUUGUGUAAAUUAAGGAUUAGGAAAUUCAUGAAUUAAGUUUUUUUGUUUACAUGCAAAUGUGAAAUGUAAAGAAUGAUUUAUAACUUGAUAAGUUUUAUAUUGAUUGUGGAUAUUUUAUUAAGACCAGUGAGAAAACAUUCCAAGACCCGAGUGUUUGUGGCUUCAAAUAUGGGUUUUUGUGUUAGCUAAUUCAAACUAGGUAUUAGAUUUGUAUAGAAGUUAGUGUGAUUUUGUCAAUAUUGAUAUUUUGUGCUUGAUCUGCAUCAAAGUGAAUCUAAAAUUUAUGAUUAUAUUGUCCUACAUGUCUGAGAUUCUUUGGUAAACAGAUGUUUUAUUGAUAUGUUAAUGUUUUGUCAACAUCAUGAAAACAUUCACUUAAAUGUAUUUUUCUGCUCAUUUGUUAGAAAUGCACCAUAUGUUCCAGAAGAAGCUAUUUUGAUAUGAAGUUUAAAAAUAAACAUCUUUGUUAUCUACGUAAUUGUGUAUUAUCGAUACUGGUACAUUGUUUUAGCCUGUAAACCAUACACAAGGUUUGGUUGAAAAAACUGAUACCUCAGGCAUAACAGAGUAAUAACCACAUAUUUUACAUGUACAUCAGUUUUUCUUACAUAUUUAUUUAUAUAUACAUACGCAAUUAUAAUUGCACAAUACUGUGAACUUGUAUAUAUGUUUCCUAACUUACAAGUUUUAUUUUACCAUGCUUUGUUUCAGGGGAACUUAAAUAGUUUUAAACUUUGUUUAACAAGCUCAAACAAACAUACUUGAAUAUAUACCACCAUAUACCAGCAUACGGUAUACAAACAUAUAUCAACAUAUUCCAACUUACACCAACAUGUACCAACCUAUUUCAACUUAUACCAAACAUGUACCAACCUAUUUCACUUAUACCAAACAUGUACCAACCUAUUUCAACUUCUACCAAACAUGUACCAACCUAUUUCAACUUAUACCAAACAUGUACCAACCUAUUUCAACUUAUACCAAACAUGUACCAACCUAUUUCAACUUAUACCAAACAUGUACCAACCUAUUUCACUUAUACCAAACAUGUACCAACCUAUUUCAACUUAUACCAAACAUGUACCAACCUAUUUCACUUAUACCAAACAUGUACCAACCUAUUUCAACUUAUACCAAACAUGUACCAACCUAUUUCAACUUAUACCAAACAUGUACCAACCUAUUUCAACUUAUACCAAACAUGUUCCAACCUAUUUCACUUACACCAAACAUGUACCAACCUAUUUCAACUUAUACCAAACAUGUACCAACCUAUUUCAACUUAUACCAAACAUGUACCAACCUAUUUCAACUUAUACCAAACAUGUACCAACCUAUUUCAACUUAUACCAAACAUGUACCAACCUAUUUCAAUAUAUACCAAACAUGUACAAACCUAUUUCAAUAUAUACCAAACAUGUACCAACCUAUUUCAAUAUAUACCAAACAUGUACCAACCUAUUUCAAUAUAUACCAAACAUGUACAAACCUAUUUCAAUAUAUACCAAACAUGUACAAACCUAUUUCAAUAUAUACCAAACAUGUACAAACCUAUUUCAAUAUAUACCAAACAUGUACAAACCUAUUUCAAUAUAUACCAAACAUGUACAAACCUAUUUCAAUAUAUACCAAACAUGUACAAACCUAUUUCAAUAUAUACCAAACAUGUACAAACCUAUUUCAGUAUAUACCAAACAUGUACAAACCUAUUUCAGUAUAUACCAAACAUGUACAAACCUAUUUCAAUAUAUACCAAACAUGUACAAACCUAUUUCAACUUAUACCAAACAUGUACCAACCUAUUUCAACUUAUACCAAACAUGUACAAACCUAUUUCAACUUAUACCAAACAUGUACCAACCUAUUUCAAUAUAUACCAACAUAUCACUAUUUCCUUUUGCUCAGGAUUGUUUCUCUCAGACAAAAUGUGCCUUUACAGUUCUUUAAACAAGAAUAUUGUUUUAUUUUAUUGCUCAUAUUAUCAUACUUAUAAUAAUUAUAAUACUCAUACUCUCAUGCUAGUAUAUCAAGGUUCUACUUAAAUGUAAUGAAAUUGGGUAUCAGACUGGUUUAAAGCCUGCUGUAAUCUAAUCAACUAUUACUAGUAAUCGCCUUAUGGUCUGGUAAAUAAAACUGAUCUCUUUAAAAUUGCUAGAAUGCCAUAUUGAUUGUUAUGAAAGCCUGUCAUAAAGAUUGACACAAAUAACUGUAACUGAUGUUUGGUUGUAAAAGUAAUCAUUCAUGGUCUGCCCCAUCUAAAAGGCCUCAUAAAGAUUGAUACAAAUAACUGUAACUGAUGUUUGGUUGUAAAAGUAAUCAUUCAUGGUCUGCCCCAUCUAAAAGGCCUCAGAGAGGUUAUUGUAUGGGAGAUAUAAAUUUUCAAGAUAAUUUUUAUGUUUGAUUUAUAUUGAUUGACCAUUAUAUGUUAAGAUAGCAUUUUUGGCGUAAUGACUCUCCUGUAUUAAAUGAUGUAUAAAAUGAAGGUGAGAACAAACAAUAACCUCACUAUGAGUAUAUAACAAUUUGGUUCAUUUGUUUCUUAAAUAACAUUAUGCCUAUAUCAUAAAAAGACUCUCGGUGAAAGCUUUAAAAAUAUUUCAAACUUAAAAUUCUAUAGCUAUAAAAUGAUACUUGACUGGUUGCAAAUUUGUGUUUUGUUCUUAACAAUAAUACAAUGAUAGUGCUCCAUGAAUCAGCAGAUUAAAAAUGCAUGUACAUAUUUAUUGGUUAAUUGGACCAUGUACUUUUCCCCUGACUAAGUGUCAUCAUUGUUAGGGUUAUAUUUUUCUAAAAACCUUAUAUCUCUUCUGUGAUAAUUGAUUGACAACCACCACAUUUUGGCCAAACAUAGGCUUGUAUAAAUAUACCAUGAUCAUGAUUCAUGUGUUUGUACUUAGUUUUCAAUGACUGUGUGGUUACCUCAACAUGACCAAUGACCAUAUGUUGAUGUUUGCCUAACGUAUGUUGUUUUGUGGCAUUGUGUGUGGCUUUAUUCAGUGUUUGUUGGUGUUUCAUCCUUGUGGCUUUAAAAAAAAAUGUUGGUAAAAUGUUAGGCUGGUGGGUUUGUUCCAGAUAGUUUCAAUAUGAAGCCAAAAUGUCAACCUUAAAGUGUUUUGAUUGUUUCAUCUAGGAAAGUUUUACAUCAUGAUCAAGGUAUUUGUAUUCAAUGUUGUGAACAUAGUACCUAAUAAUACAUGUAUGUUGUCAGAAAUAGUGAAACAAAUAUGUAUACGAAAUCAUGUGUAGAUAACACAGAAGAAUGUAAUGCCCCCUAGUGAUUUUCUGUUUAUUUUACCUUCAUGUAGGGCCUAAUAAUGGUGAUUUAUCAACCCAAGUAUUUGCCAGGUACCUAUAUACAAGGAGAGAGCUUCUAUGUACAUAAAACCAAAAAAAAAAAUGAAUUCAGUUGCUGUUAAAUGGCUGUAUUAUGCAGUUUCUUUUUGAUUGAGAAAACGUAAAAGGUUUUAUAAGUAUGCAUGAAUGCUAUAUUUUUUCCAAUGAAAUUAUGCUAGAUCUGUGUGUUUUAAGUAUUUCCACCUCAUAUUUACUAAACAGUAAUUGUGCAAUACACUGCUGAUGGGGUCUGUAAUUGUUUACAUUUGUGCCAAAGCAAAGUGAAGGAUAUUCGAAUCUGUCAUGUCAGCGGUAAUUAUCAUAAUUGUUAUUCUGAAAUUUACAGCUACUGUAUCAGUAUGCUUAUGAUUUAUGUUUAUAUUUGUUACUCAUUUAUUUUGUUGAUACUACAUUGUAGUAGUUAUUCUAGUUAUUUUAUUCAAUUUGCUCAACUUGUAAGGUGUAAAAAAAUGUUUUUGUUUUCCCAACUUCUAUAUUUUUUUGCCCCAACCCUAAACCUUUCUAUUGCCUUGACAAAUAUCUUUUAUUGAUUUUUUUGCUAUUCAAAGAUAAAAAUGAAAUGUUUUUGGCUUUAACCAAUACAUGUGAUACUAAUACUGAUGGAAAAGAUGUUCUUCUUAUAUCAUUGUCAGUGUUCGGUAACUACAAAUGUUUGCCUUAUAAAAGAAAAUAGAAAAAUACCUUUUGGGGCAUGAAACUGCAAACACACAUAAUAUGUUUUAUGCCUAAGUAUAGGGAUUGAGCAAGUUAUCAUGUUGCUUAUUUUGUUCUGUAAUGUCAAUAAUGUGCUUAUUCAACAUUAAUAAUUCAGACAUAUAGACCAUAUGAUGAAACAAAGUUGUCCCCCACUAUACAUGGAUGGAUAAUUAAUGCUCUGUUCCACAGGACUAAAGACCUGAGGUUCACUAUGAUAAUACCUUAAUAGUUGCAUAACUUUCAAAAAUUGUUUUGCCAAUGAACUGAAUUAAAUGUAAAGAAAAUUGAUGAUGUAUUACACAAAUUUGCAACUGCCUUGUGUUUUUUUUAACUCACUUGUUGUUUAGUUUAUGUUGCUGAUAUAGUUUACAAUUGUCAAUAAGAACAGAAUGGCCUUAUAAAAUAGCAAUCAACUUUGGCAAUGCAUAUAUUUAUGAUUAAUUUAUGAUGUCAAAUAAAAAUAUCCAUGUGAAGCAAUCCUAGACUCAUUUAGAUUUAUCUUCUCUUGGAAUAUAAACUAGAUAUUGUAUACAGAAAUAUUUUUUAUUGAUUCGUUGACUAAUGUUCACUAAUUUGUGACAAGACUGUUACUUUGAGGGUAUAUAUUGUCUAUGUCCUAAUAUGACAAGACUGUUACUUUGAGGGUAUAUAUUGUCUAUGUCGUAAUAUGGCAAGACUGUUACUUUGAGGGUAUAUAUUGUCUAUGUCGUAAUAUGACAAGACUGUUACUUUGAGGGUAUAUAUUGUCUAUGUCGUAAUAUGGCACAGAUCAUUAGAUACUAUCUCCCACUUAAAAUGUUCAAGGUUUGAGACCAACCAAGGGUACUUUUAAGCUCAUCUGUUUUCAUAGAAAGAGUUGAGGUAUUAUCACAGCCUUGGUGUUGAAAACAAUUGUCAAGUAAUACCUCUUGUGCCACUAAAAACCAGGCACGCUUUGGCUCUCACUCCUAGCUAGGUGCUGUUGUUGUGGCGCUUGACAUCAGUAAUAGUUUUAUCCCAUGAAUUAGAACCGAUCUUCAUUCAUACAACUGAAAAAUAAAUUGUUCCUUAAUUAAUUAGAUAUAAAGUCUUUUACUUGGUCAACAUUCAGUCUACUUGGCUUGUCCCUCUAGACUCCAGGCCCUAAUUUCUCGAAACUUCUUAAGCUUAACAGGCUUAAGUCGCUUAUUUCAAUUAGCCAAAAUACAUACUGAAAAUGGAUUUUGGUAAAUGAAAAAUGGUUUAUUCUGAUAAUCAUACAGAUUAUUCCUACAUAAUUUCUAAAAAUUCUUGAAGAAGUAAAUAUAACACAUUUUAUAGAACAACAAAAAUAGUGAGAUUAGCUUAAUCUUGUUAUAAAGGACUUAAGAAGUUUCGAGAAAUUAGGGCCAGUGUAUUGUCAAAAUAUAAUGUCAAGAACUUUGUCAGAUUUGGAUUUUGCUGUUGUUAUUAAUUGUGUUAUGUCUCAAAGAAUCGUACUCAAGUAUAGAUUAGAUAUCAAGUAUAGAUUCGUACUCAAGUAUAGAUUAGAUAUCAAGUAUAGAUUAGAUAUCAAGUAUAGAUUAGAUAUCAAGUAUAGAUUAGAUAUUAUAUUAUUAUCUGUGAUAAUUAAGAAGUCACAUUCUGUUAUAUUUGUAGACUGAUUAAUGUUUGUAAAAUUUACUGCCUAUUGUGUGAGCUUUUGUAGUUUUAUAGAACUUUAUAUGUCGUGAAUAUUUUUGCUUCAAUAUUGCAUUUAUUUUGACCUGAUUUUACAGGUGUACCAAGUCAAUCAUCAUGUUGAUGCAACAGACUUACACUGCAUUAUCAUAUACAGAUGAAAUUAGUUGAUAUUUUGUUUGCAUUUACAUGAUCUUGUAGGGCUUUAUUGAUGCUUGUCAAGUAUGCAAACUACAUGUAGUAAUAGAUGCUUAUUGUGAUGUAUGUUGAUAUUGUAAAUUAAAGUUGUAAAGUUCUACAAA